UCAAAUAUUUCCCAAAAAGGGGGAUGUUUGGGCCCUCUACAGAAAUUGGUCUCCUGACUGGAACGAGAAUACACCUGAUGAUGUCAUACACAAAUAUGACAUGGUCCUAGUUCUUGAUGACUACAAUGAGGAGCAGGGAAUAUCAGUUGUUCCUCUCAUCAAAGUUGCUGGUUUUAAGACGGUCUUUCGUCCUGACCUGAAUUCUGAGAAGGUGAUAAGAAUAACCAGAGAAGAGAUGUUUCGUUUCUCUCAUCAGGUCCCAAGCCACUUGCUUACAGGUGAAGAAGCUCAAAAUGCUCCAAAGGGUUACCAGGAGCUUGAUCCAGCUGCUACUCCAUUGGAGCUUCUUCAGACAUUAACUGAAACUAAUGAGGUGCCAUCUAUUCAGAACGGUGGAGAGGUUAACGGAGGUUCAUCACAGAAUGUUCAAGAAACUAAAACUAGUGAGACUACUGAUCGUAUUCUCAAAUCCAGGGAAGAGGGGAUAGUAGAAAGUUAAGAAGCUCCAUGAAAAUGCAGGAAAAUAGCUUUUUGCCACAAUAGCCAAGAACAGCAGAUUUGAAUUUUGCGAGGAUAUUAGUGGAAUGAGGAGAUAUUUUGAAAAUACAUCUAGUUGAAGACUUUUUGCCAGACCUUUUGACUUCAACUGAAUGAGAUUAAUUGUGGUUCAGAACAAAGCAUUAGUUUGAGCUUAUAUUAAUGGAUCAAGGCCUAUUAGCUGAACUGGAGUUAGAAUGUGGGUGGAAUUUUUUUUAGAAGGUUACUACGCAGGCCCUUGUUUUGUACCUUGAUCAAAGGCAAAUGGUUGAUCAGAGAUAUUAACACAGGUUAAUGCUUUUUUUCCUUUGGAUGCCGUAUAUUCCCAUGGGUGUACUUGGACCUUUCCUUUUGUUAUUAAAUCCUGUAGAGGCAUCCUCAAAGUUUUUAUUUUGCUACAAACUAGAAAGACUUCUAUUCUUGGAUCUGGUGGAGUAAAAAUAUAUCUUGUUUACCUUAAAUUUCUUAA